UAUAUAAGUUUGAACACGCGUCUUGAAGACCGUGAAAAGUCAAAUGAGGCAAAAAAAAUAAAGGACAAAGAGAGUAAAGUUUAUACAAUAAUCAACAUAAUUAGAUUAGAGAGAAUUGCAAGGGAGUAGUAGCUAAUUAGCUCAUACCUGUAAAAGAUAUCGAGAAAGUACUCGAGAGAAGCUAAUAAGGCGGCAGAUUAAUUAGACGGCAUAAGUCUGGAGUUGGCUACCAAACGACUAGCUACCAAACGACUAGUCGAUUACUCGGUGAGACCUUAAAACACUUCUUAAGCACUUCUUAUUAUUAAUCAUUUUUAUUCUAAAGCAACUUAAGUAGUUAAGUUCAUUAGCUUCCUGCCAAACCUUAAUCCAUUCAAAGCACAUGUCAAAGCUGACAACCAGGUCAAAACUCCCAAAUAUGAAAAUAUGAACCAAAUUACAACCAUGUCGGCAUGUCCAUAUGUUUUCAACGGCAAGUUCUAGACCUCACAAUGCGAAGACUAGCAUACAUGUGGUGCUAGACAAAGAGAAGACUUGUGCUUCAACCCUUCAAGAUAUUUAUACAAUUAGCCAAGAUCAAACCAUAUGAUUCCCAUGUAACUUCGAUUUUUAAUAAUAAAAAAAAUGAUUCAAAUUUAUUCAUUUCUUAUUUACAUAUUACCACUUGGUUUAGAAUUAUGCUCAGCCAUAAGCAGCAUAACACCAACACAGUUCCUAAAAGACCCAGACACAAUAGUCUCCAACAAUAAUUUAUUUAGGCUGGGGUUUUUCAGCCCCACUAAUUCGACAAAUCGCUACGUUGGUAUCUGGUAUAAUCUCCCUUCAGUAAAGGAAGUUAUAUGGGUAGCUAACAGGAACAGUCCUCUAACUGAUUCUAAUGGAGUGCUUAGAUUAUCAGUUGAUGGGAAUUUGCAAGUUGAGAAUUCAAGAAAUGUGACACUUUGGUCUUCAAAUGUCACUCGUCCUGCCACAAAAUUCUCGGUUGCUCAACUUUCGGAUUCUGGGAGCCUUCUUGUCCAAGGAUUUCCAUCCAAUGCAACCCGUGAAAAUGGGACGAUCAUAUGGCAGAGCUUUGAGCACCCUGCAGAUUCAGUUUUACCAAACAUGAGGUUCAUCCUUACCCCAGAUUCUGAUUUGAGGCGGGUCUUGCAAGCUUGGAAAAGCUCUUCAGACCCAUCAAAUGGAAGAUUCUCAAUUGGCACUAAUUCCUUAGGCCUAUUCCAAAUCAUUAUCUGGGAUGGAGAUCGUCCACAUUGGCGAAGUGGUCCUUGGAAUGGCAACAUUUUUAUAGGGACAAGAUACCAUAACACUGGCUAUGGUAAUAUCUUGGUCAAUACCGGGUCAUUCACACAAGAAACAGUUGGUGGAAUGCUUUCCCUGGUAUUUGCUGGUGCAAAUGAGACUUUGAUGUCACAUUAUGCAAUAACUUAUCAGGGAAUAAUAGCUCAAAGAUGGUGGGAUGAUAGCAAUAAGAAUUGGGGGAUCUCAUGGAAGGCUCCAGAUAACGUGUGUGAUAUUUAUGGGAAAUGUGGGGAAUUCGGCAGCUGCAGACCUUACCAUUCCCCAAUCUGCAGUUGUUUGAAAGGUUUUGAACCUAAAAACGAAGAGGAAUGGAAGAGAGGAAAUUGGUCGAGUGGGUGUGCAAGAAGAAAGCAACUGCAAUGUGGUCUAGCAGGAAGCAAACAAGAUGGGUUUCUGAGAUUAAAGAUGAUGAAAGUGCCAGAAAAUGCUGAAUUGAUUACGGGAUUGAACAUAGAUCAGUGCAGAAGUGCAUGCCUUACAAAUUGCUCUUGUUUGGCUUAUGCAUAUGAUACCCAGAUCACAUGUUUGACAUGGAGUGGAAACUUAAUUGAUGUCGCAGACCUUUCCCCUGGCGGGGUUGAUCUCUACCUUCGGCUAGCGCAAUCUGAGCUAAGUAAUAAUAUAAACAUCAAAGCAAUAGUUGCAGCCAGUGUAAUUUCAGGAACAGCAGCAGUUGCUGCCAUCAUAUGGUUCCUUUGGAGGAGAUCUCAAUCGAAAGGCAAAGCGCCGCCUUUACCAGUCAAGAGAGUUGAGAGAAGCCAAGCAACACCUAACCCACAUGUGUUUAGAGACAAAAGCCAAGUUGUGAUUGAAGACUUGCAAAUAUUAGAAUUUGACAAGUUGGCUGAGGCAACAGACAGCUUCCAUGAGUAUAAUUUGCUCGGAGCUGGUGGAUUUGGGCAAGUAUACAAAGGAAAACUAGAAGACGGACAGGAAAUAGCAGUAAAGCGACUGUCAAGAGCAUCUGGACAAGGUGCAGAAGAGUUUAUGAAUGAGGUUGCAUUGAUUUCAAAACUUCAACACCGCAAUCUAGUGAAACUGCUGGGAUGCUGUGUUGAAGGAGAGGAGAAAAUGCUGAUAUAUGAGUACAUGCCAAAUAAAAGCUUGGAUGCAUUUCUAUUUGAUCCAGAAAAGCGCAAGUCUUUAGACUGGCAAAAAUGCUUCAACAUUAUAGAAGGGGUAUGCCGAGGCCUACUUUACCUUCACAGAGAUUCCAGAUUAAAAAUUAUCCACAGAGACCUCAAAGCAAGCAAUAUUUUGCUGGAUAAAGACCACAAUCCAAAAAUUUCAGACUUUGGCAUGGCCAGAAUUUUCGGGGGUAACCAAGAUCAAGCUAGUACUCAAAGAGUUGUAGGAACAUAUGGUUACAUGUCUCCAGAGUAUGCAAUGGAAGGACACUUCUCUGAAAAAUCAGAUGUAUUCAGCCUCGGAGUGUUACUGAUUGAGAUAGUAAGCGGAAAAAAGAAUAACAACUUCUGGUAUCAAGAAGACUCCCUGAGUCUCUUAGGAUAUGCCUGGAAAUUGUGGAGAGAGGACAAUAUCAUUUUAUUGAUCGACCCGUUGAUAACUGGUGCACCCUUUCAGGCUGAGAUAGUAAGAUGUAUACAUGUGGGGCUAUUGUGUGUGCAAGAACUUGCCAAAGACAGGCCAAACAUGCCAACCGUCAUCUCCAUGCUUUUAAGUGAUAUAACAGAUCUUCCAAAUCCAAAACCACCAGGGUUUGUUCAACGCCAGCUAUCGUCUGAUACAGGCUCACAUCAGAUCGCUGAACAAACUUCUUCCACAAAUUAUGUUACUGUGACAUCUUUGGCUGCUCGAUAGUAUAUCUAUUUUUCUCUUUAUAAAAUUGAAUCAACUGUCCUUUUCUGGGAUGCAUAACUAGAAAUGAGAAUAACCCUUUUUUACUGACUGUCCUACUUAUCAUACUAAGCAUCAAAAUUUUAUUCUGAAUAUCUUCCUUUUUGUUUUAUUCAGCACCAUGCAAAAGCGCAUGAUUAGUCACAUAACAAGGUUAUCACUUAUCAGUAUAAACUAGUGAUCAAAAUUUUCAUCUUUAAAGUGCCAAUAUUUUUCCUAAUUACUUGAUUUGAUUAACACUUAUGACUAACACUGGAACAUACAAAAAUAAUGACUUCAAUUUCACAUUUUGGUCAGGACUUCUAUUUUUUUUGGUCUAGACUUUGCAAAGGAUGUGACCUGGAUAUCACUCAUGAAUCACAUCUAUUACUAGACUUUGGGAGUUGAUUCCUAAUUCAGUAAACUAAGAGUGAAAGGUAAGAAUCAAAACAUCAUAUGAUUCAUAUGAGUCAUAUGACUAUUAUGAUGGUUCCAUCUCUGAAGGCUCCCCUCUUUCCUGAAUUUUGCUACUAAUUCAAGACGCAAAAAAUGCCAGAAACCAAGCAAACAGAGCAAAUUUUCAUCAAAUUUCAAGUAGAAAAACAAAUGAUUCACAUAUAUCAACACGACAACAACUAAAAUAAAAAAGAAAAGAGACAUCCAAAAGGUACAUGUGCGUAAAUAAAGAAAUUAAUUGCAACUCCCUUUAAUUAGAAUUUAUUGACUUGUACACUAUUUUAAAAUGUCUGAAAAAAGUUCUCACCUUUCUUAAAAAUAAUAAUGAUUCACGAUCAGAUUUCAUAAUAUGCAACACCUAAAUUUAGUGACUAGGAUAGAUAGAAUUGAAACUCGAGACGCAACUAGAACUCCUUUUUAAUUAUUUUUUUUUUUUCUUUUUUUUUGGUUCUACCCGCUGUAGACCUGUAAACCAGGGAAAAUUCCAAAAUAAAAGAGAGAGAGAAAGAGAGUAAAAAAUGAAUGUGGGAAAGAAAAAUGGUGGAUAAAUUCUAAGUCUCUAAGGUAAAGUGAGUAAGUCAAACCCAAAAAAUUGUGUAAGAUAAUCAGAAUAGGUAAAAUUAGAAAUAAAUAAAUCAAUGACAAAUGAACAAAAGGAGCAGCAUAAAAGUUCUUUUUAUAAAAUCAAGUCACAGUCUUAAUUAUGAGAGGCUAUGAGGCUUAUGACAUAGUAACUAAUAUUUCUGCAUGGAGAUAGAAUUUCUCAAUCUAGAAAGGAUGCAAAACUUGGCAAAGUCCAUAUAGAAUUUGUCAGUCAACGUUAUCAUAGAUAUAGAAAACUAAACCUUACAUUUGAUAUUAGUUAUUCACAUUGUCUCAACUCCACAUAAUUAAGGAUAAGACAUGAUUUCACAUAACGACUCUUAACCAUAUUUGAUUUACUAUUCAAUUCUCCCAUCCUAAUUUGAGAUGA